ACCUGACUAACCUCGUGGACCCUGAGCAGCUCUACCCCCUCAUUUCCUCCAUCACCUCGACCAUGGACUACUCGACGGUAGUGGCAGGAGCACUGGCAGCAUUGUCCGUAGACCUACUCAUCUUUCCACUUGACAGCAUCAAGACCCGCCUACAAGUACCAGACGUAGCUCAACGCUUCCCCACUCGAGCCGCCCUCUUCACCGGUCUCUACCACGGUGUGGGUCCAGUAGUAAUUGCCACUCUUCCCGCUGCCGCCAUCUUCUUCACAGCCUACGAAUCCGCAAAGUCUUCCCUCGCACCACACCUUCCUGCUGGACCUGCAGUACAUCUUGCCGCUAGUGGAUUGGCAGAAUUGGCUGCAUGCGCUGUUUUGACGCCUGCGGAGAUCAUUAAACAGAGGGCACAAGUGAGACCGAAUGAUGCUCCGAAGGCUAAAGCUGGAGCAGGGUCUGGGUCUGGAUCGGGCCAAGGGCCAAAGGGAGGUGCUGCUGCAGCAGUCAAGGACAGCGUCGUCAAGUCGCAAAAGGAAAUGCUAAAGACGGCCCAAGAAGGAGCCAAACAAGUAGCUAGCGCCGCUUCCACUUCGACUUCAUCUUCUUCCCUUGGCCGGACCUUCGUACGGGGUUAUCUCGCCCUAGCAGGUCGCAAUCUCCCCUUUACCGCGAUGCAAUUCCCCCUCUAUGAACACUUUCGGCAAGACUUCUCCCGUCGGUGGGACGUUAAACUUGGUAGCGAUACAGACAGCGGUGAAGUUCUGUUGGAAGACAGUAGCAGUUCCGAUUCUAAAGGGCGACGCAGCAACUCUACACAGUCAUCAUCGACGAGUUCUGGCUCAAAGAGUGUGCGGCAGGAGAUUGUCAAUCCGGGACUAGUAGCCGCCUCUUCCGCCUCUCUAGCCGGGUCAAUCGCCGCCCUCCUCUCUACACCAAUCGAUAAUGCCAAGACGCGCAUAAUGGUAGCUGCAGAUUCUCAUGACUCUCGUACACCCCAGAGUGGUACGAUCAAGACUAUGAUCAACAUUUAUACAAAGGAAGGAUUUAGAAGUCUUUGGAAGGGAGGAGCAUUGAGAAGUGCUUGGACUGCAUUGGGUGCUGGAAUUUACUUGGGGAGUUAUGAGAGUGGAAGACUCUGGUGGAAGAGACGACAGAGGGGAAUCGAGGAAGUUCAGACGUCCUGAAGGAGAUAGAAAGUUCCCAUGAGAAAGUCUAGACUACCUACCUCACUGGCAGAGCUCCACAAAUCCAUCGGCCAAGAUCUCAAGCUCACGUCUCAGCUUCUCCAUCUUCUCAUCGUAUUGCUCUCCCUCUUUGAGCGUCUCGAUGCGACUCUCACAGUAGAUCUUCA